AUGGUUCCCGAGGUAAGGGUCCUCUCCUCCUUGCUGGGACUCGCGCUGCUCUGGUUCCCCUUGGACUCCCACGCACGAGCCCGCCCAGACAUGUUCUGCCUCUUUCACGGGAAGAGGUAUUCCCCCGGCGAGAGCUGGCACCCCUACCUGGAGCCCCAGGGCCUGAUGUACUGCCUGCGCUGUACUUGCUCCGAGAGUGCCCAUGUGAGCUGUUACCGCCUCCACUGCCCGCCUGUCCACUGCCCCCAGCCUGUGACCGAGCCACAGCAGUGCUGUCCCCGGUGUGUGGAACCUCACACCCCCUCUGGGCUCCGGGCCCCGCCAAGGUCCUGCCAGCACAACGGGACCACGUACCAACAUGGAGAGAUCUUCAGUGCCCACGAGCUGCUCCCUUCCCGCCUGCCCAACCAGUGUGUCCUCUGCAGCUGUACCGAGGGCCAGAUCUACUGCGGCCUCAUGACCUGCCCAGAACCGGGCUGCCCUGCACCCCUCCUGCUGCCCGCCUCCUGCUGCCAGGCCUGCAAAGAUGGGUCAAGUGAGAAGUCAGCUGAAGAGGAUGCCACGCAGUCACACCGUGGGGUGAGACAUUCCCAGGAUCCGUGUUCAGGGGACGGUGGGAGAAAGAGAGACCUGAGCACCCCAAGCCCCACUGGCCCCAGUGCCCCCCUGGGCUUCCUCCCUCGCCACUUCCGACCGAAGGAGGCAGGCAGCACGACAGUCAAGAUUGUUUUGAAGGAGAAACAUAAGAAAGCCUGUGUGCAUGGCGGGAAGACGUACUCCCAUGGGGAGGUGUGGCACCCAGCCUUCCGCUCCUUUGGACCCCUGCCCUGCAUCCUGUGCACCUGUCAGGACGGCCGCCAGGACUGCCAGCGGGUGACCUGCCCCACUGAGUACCCCUGCCGUCAGCCCAAGAAAGUGGCUGGGAAGUGCUGCAAGAUUUGUCCAGAGGACAAGGCAGACCCUGGCCACAGUGAGAUCAGUGCCACCAAGUGUCCGAAGGCGCCGGGCCGGGUCCUUGUCCACACAUCAGUAUCCCCAAGCCCGGACAACCUGCGUCGCCUGGCCCUCGAGCGUGAGGCUUCUGAACAGGUGGAGAUCUACCUCUGGAAGCUGGUAGAAGAUGAGGAAACUGAGGCUCAGAGAGGUGAAGUACCUGGCCCAAGGCCACACAGCCAGAAUCUUCCACUUGAUUCAGAUCAAGAAAGUCAGGAAGCAAGACUUCCAGAAAGAGGCACAGAACUUCCGGUUGCUCACUGGCACCCACAAAGGUCACUGGAACGUCUUCCUAGCCCAGACCCCGGAGCUGAAGGUCACGGCCAGUCCAGACAAAGUGACCAAGACCUUGUAACACAGACCUGAACAGCUGCAGAUGUGAGCU